CCGCUCAUUGUUUCGUCAUGUAAUUCUUCAUUUUUAUCAUUAUAAAUUGUCAAAUUUUAGUGAGCAAAAGAGGUGCAAGGUGAAAGAGAGAGAUGGAUGCUAGGCAAAAGAGAAUUAGUGUAUUGAUGUUCCCACGGUUGGCUCAUGGUCAUGUCUCUCCCUUCUUAGAGCAAGCCAAGAAGCUCACACAGGGAAACUUCUAUAUUUACUUUUGUUCCACUCCUGUAAAUCUCAACUCCAUCAAGCCAGAGAUUUCUCUCAACUAUUCACUUUCGAUACAAUUUGCAGAGCUCCAUCUGCCAUCCUUGCCUGAUCUUCCUCCUCAUUACCACACACCCAAUGGGCUGCCACCUCAUCUCAUGAAUACCUUUAAGAAAGCCUUUGACAUGUCCAGUCUCGCCUUUGCCAAAAAAUUGAAAACCCUCAGCCCAGAUUUGCUUAUUUAUGAUUUUAUUCAGCCAUAGGCACCCACACUUGCCUUGUCACACAACAUUCCAGCUAUCCAUUUCUUGUGUUCUUCUACAGUAAUGACUUCUUUCAUGUUUCAUGCCACCAAGAAACCUUGUCAGGAAUUUCCCUUUCCUGAAAUUUAUAUAGACGAUUUUAUGAAAACUAGGUUGCCUGAGAAUUCUUCAGGUGAUUUCAGUGAUAAAGAUAGGCUUCGUCAAUGCUUUGAACGCUCUUCGAACAUCAUUUUGACCAAGACUUUUAGGGAGCUUGAGUGGAAAUACAUGGACUAUUUUUCAGUCCUAGUGAACAAGAAGACAGUUGCAACAGGUCCACUCGUUCAAGACCCCAUUAUAGAAUAUGAUGAGAAAAAAGAGAUAUUGGAAUGGUUUAGUAAGAAGAGAAAAUACUCCACAGUGUUUGUAUCUUUUGGAAGUUCGUACUUUUUGUCCAAGGAAGAAAGGGAAGAGAUAGCUUACGGGCUUGAGCUUAGCCAGGUAAAUUUCAUCUGGGUUCUCAGGUUUACUGUUGGAGAGAAAAUGAAGCUUGAAGGUGCAUUACCUGAAGGGUUUCAUGAAAGGAUUGGUGCGAGAGGAGUGGUUGUUGAGGGUUGGGCACCGCAGCCGAAAAUCUUGCUACAUUCAAGCAUAGGUGGUUUUGUGAGUCAUUGUGGAUGGAGUUCUGUGAUGGAAAGCUUGAAAUUCGGAGUUCCAAUCAUAGCCAUGCCCAUGCAUCUUGACCAGCCACUGAAUGCUAGGCUUGAAGUUGAUGUUGGUGUUGGAUUAGAGGUAAGGAGAAAUAAGGAUGGGAGCCUUGAAAGAGAAGAGAUAGCAAAAGUGAUCAAAGAGGUGGUGGCUGAGAAGGAUGGAGAAAAUAUGAGAAGUAAAGCAAGAGAAAUGAGCAACUAUAUUCAAAAGAAAGGAGAUGAAGAGGUAGAUGAAGUUGUAGAAGCAUUGAUCCAGCUACUUAGUGAAAUGAAAACUGGUUCUUGUUAUACUUCUUUACAAUGAAGGCUAUAUGUCUACAUAGAAUGAUCGAUAUGUCUUACAUUUCCAUGUUUCUAUAUCAUUUUGUAAUUGAACAU